GUAACAAGCUUCUCCGCACAGGAUAUCUGAAGAGCACGGAUAUCGGACGGACAACGGAUGCCGCGGAUCAGGGGGAAUUACUCAGCAGCCAGGGAACUUUAUUCAUCUCGCCCCUCAUUCACAGCCCCUUCAGGUUCAUAAGGACCCUUCUCCCUCCUACAUCCUACGGUCAAAUCGGUAAACACUGCCAAUGCCUAACACCGAGAUGCCCCACGACAACACCGACGCUUCCUUUGCCGCAUUCACUGCUGGUGUACUCUCUUCAAUUGGACCCGACACGCCUCCUCGCGCCCGCGAGAUCCUUACAUCGCUCAUCAGGCACCUCCAUGCCGUAUGCCUCGAGACACGCCUCACCCACUCCGAAUGGAUGAUGGCCUGCGAUUUCGUGAACCGUACAGGGCAGAUGUCAGACGAGAAACGCAAUGAAGCGAUUUUGGUCUGUGAUGUGUUGGGAGUUGAGAGUUUGGUCGAUGCACUGGCGGAUGAGGCACCGCCUUCUCACUCCUCCUCUUCCACCAACGGUGAGAAGAAGAGCACACUCUCCGCCAUCCUCGGCCCAUUUUACCGCGAGAAUUCGCCAAAGUACAAGAACGGUGCUUCGAUCAUCUUACCGGACUGGCUCCAAUCCCUCGACCCACAAACCAUCUCCUCCCUCGAAACAGCACGAAUCAGCGGGCGCGUCCUGGAUACCUCCAAUAAUCCAAUCUGCAACACCACUCUUGAAGUUUGGCUUACAGCUCCAAACGGACUCUACGAGAACCAAGACCCCACACAGCCGGACAUGAACCUCCGCGGGACCUUCACGACCGGUCAGGAUGGCACAUACUCCUUCAUCGCACUCAAACCCACGUCCUACCCAAUCCCAUACGACGGACCCGCAGGCGACCUCUUACAGCUCAUGGGCCGCUCCCCAUGGCGCCCAGCACAUGUUCAUCUCAAAGUUGAAGCACCCGGUUUCAAAGGGUUGAUUACCCAGAUUUUCGAUAGGGGGGAUAAGUAUGUCGAGACGGAUUCGGUGUUUGCGGUUAAGAGUGAUUUGAUUGUGGAUUUCUUGCCGGCGAGGGGGGAGACGGAUGCGAAAGAGGGAGUGAAGUGGGAGUUGGAGUAUGAUAUUGUGUUGGAGAAGGAGGGGGAGCAGAGUGGGAACGGGACCAGUGAGGCGACGGAGAUGUGAGGGUGGAUAGGUUAUUCUUUUUGAUAGUCGGAAUGAAUAGCAAAGUAGGUAUAUCUGCACCUGAGGCCUGCGGCCUGCGGCCUGGUGCUUGUUGCUUGUAUUGACCAUUUCCAAGUUCUUGGGCACGGACCCCAUGCCUAGAGCUA